UAAUUGGGGAGGGAGAUUUUCCGCCAUUUCUGAAAGCGGUGCGGAGCGUCCGAGCGCUGCUGCUGCCGCUGCGGGGUGGGCGACGGGUCCACGUGUGCGCAACGCUCUAGAACGCCCCGUGUCAUGGAGUUCCAAGGAGAACUGACCAUGCAACUGUUUUGUACUGGAGGGCUGUGGAAAGAAGGACCCACUUUGCAAAAGGCCAAUUCACAUGGGCAGAUCGGGAGAGGGACAAUCGAAUGAGAUCAUCCUAAACUGCCAGGAUCUGAACCAAUGGCUCUGGGAUCUCCAACAUCUCCUAAGCCUGGCGGAGGGGCCCAGUUUCUACCUGGUUUCUUGAUGGGAGAUUUACCAUCCCCUGUCACUCCUCAAGCACGUAACUUUGGUGGCACUUUGGCUGGUAUAACGGAUAUACGAACUCCGUUUGGAGGGGGUACUCCUCCCCAACCAGUUGUACCCACCCCUAAAGAUAAGUGUGGCGCACCACCAGUUCGAAGUCUGUAUGAUGAUCUGGGAACUUCAAGAGCUGGGCUCGCAUCUUUAAAUUCACGACAACUGGGAAAUAUUUCAAGGCUUCAAACUCCUCAGUCUGGGAGUAAUUUAUCAACACCUGGAUCAGGUGGUAAUGUAUUUAGUCCAACCACAAUUGGCCAGCACAGAAAGUCCACACUUUCUCCUGCACAGGCAGAUCCUUUCUACACUCAAGGAGAAUCUCUCACUUCAGAUGAUCAUUUAGAUGAAACUUGGAUUACGGUUUUUGGGUUUCCCCCAGCAUCUGCUUCAUACAUCCUCCUCCAAUUUGCACAAUAUGGAAAUAUUUUAAAGCAUGUGAUGUCAAACAAUGGGAAUUGGAUGCAUAUUCAGUAUCAGUCUAAACUGCAGGCCAGGAAAGCAUUAAGUAAAGAUGGGAAGAUUUUUGGCGAGUCUAUCAUGGUUGGAGUGAAACCAUGCAUCGAUAAGAGUGUUAUGGAGACAAAUGAUCGAAGUUAUGGAUCCGUCUUCUCUGUCUUCACUCCUCCUAUCAACACUCUGGGUACACCUGCUCAGUCACCAAGCACGCCCAGAACUACUGCAAUAAGGCCUUUGGCUGCUGCAUACAAAGCUUCUAGUAGUGACUAUCAGGUGGUUUCAGACAGGCAGACCCCUAGAAAAGAUGAGAGUCUUGUUUCCAAAGCCAUGGAGUACAUGUUUGGUUGGUAGUUCUGCUAUCCUCCAGUUAAAGAACCUUGAAAAGAGAUUUCUUUCAAUGUUAAUGACAGUUGCUGAUAAACUAUUAUUUAUGUGCAAUUAUGGACACCACUUUAUUAACAGGAAAACCCCCAGCACUAAUACAUUCUGGUUAGUUGUAUAACCACUGUUAUUGGUACAAGGAUGUGCAUUUAUUCAGGUCUACUUUCUGACCAGGCACCCUGUAAAUAGUUUGCACUUUAGAGUUUGACCAUGCAUAAGUUUGCAAGAAGUGUGAUUAAGGGGAGGUUUGCCAGAUAAAAUCUGUAUUGUGUACAAAUGUCCAAUUGUUGCCUUUUUAAUGUUUUGGUGCAUGCACUUCCCUGGUAUGAAAAUGUCUAUUGGGGAUGGUGGUAUACUUUUCUGAUCAUGUACAUUAUUUCUUUGAAUUGAAAUCUGUCCCAGAGUUCACCAACUGUAAUUUUAUAAUCUACAUUCUGAAAUUUAAAUGAUCUUUCUAUAUGUAGGAAAAGUCCAAGACCAUGAGUAACAAAAAUAGAAUUUGUCUUUUUUAUAUUGAACUGACAAUGUUACUUUAAAUGAUCAUACAAAAUGACCAGAAGGGUAAUCUGAUUUUUAUUUUACUAGUGAAUGCCAAAAAGUUCCAGAUUUUAAUUAUUGAGCUCUAUUACUGCAUAUUCCUAAGUAUUGACAGUAUUUUUUUGGUAUUCAUUGUUUUGUAAACCUUUUUUAGAAGACAUAUUUUUCAUAAGUCGUAUUGCUGUAUGACGCACGUCAGGAUUUCCAGACAGUUAAUAAAAUUUAUGGAUGAGACUUUUCUGAUUUAGUAGAUUUUACAGAAUUGUGUAUAUUUAUAAAAUGGUUAAUUCUGUAUAUUUGAAAAAUCUUGGAAAGCAUUGUCCGAGCUGCAGUCACAAGUUAAUGUAACACAUAUAAAAUGGUGUCAUGGAAAUGUUAAUACAGUUUUCAAAUAAAAGUCGGAUGCUUUA